GCCACGCCCCCUGCCCAAUGGUUGAUUUGCGCAGGCGCCUACGGAAGUGAGCCGCAGGAAGCGGAAGUCCCGCCUCUCCUCUCUUUCUCCUCUCUCUUCAGAGGCAGAAGCAACGCGGCGGAGACGGUAGCGAGUAGAGGACGCAGCUAUCACCAUGAGCCUCCUCAACAAGCCCAAGAGUGAGAUGACCCCAGAGGAGCUACAGAAGCGGGAGGAGGAGGAAUUUAACACAGGUCCACUCUCUGUACUCACACAGUCAGUCAAGAACAACACUCAAGUGCUCAUCAACUGCCGCAACAACAAGAAACUCCUGGGCCGUGUGAAGGCCUUUGACAGGCACUGCAACAUGGUGCUGGAGAAUGUGAAGGAGAUGUGGACUGAGGUCCCCAAGAGUGGCAAGGGCAAGAAGAAAUCCAAGCCAGUCAACAAGGACCGCUACAUCUCCAAGAUGUUUCUGCGUGGGGACUCCGUCAUUGUGGUCCUGCGGAACCCCCUCAUCGCUGGCAAGUAGGGGCUCCCUCCCACUGUCAGAACUUGCUUCCCUGUCCUGUGAAGACCUGCUCUUUGUGAUCGGAAUAAUAAAGUCCUGUUUUUUGUUUUU